CUUACACCACCAUCGUGGAUCUUUGUCUCGGCUGAAGACACUACCUUAUUUCACACUAGCAGAAAUCACCUGGAUUCAAAGACUCUUGGUCGACAGGGUCUACUCUUCCCCGACUCAUUGGUCUGUUGAGGUUGGUACCAGUCCCCCUCCCUUCGCCACUGACUCUGUGGUGCCUUGCAUCCCCUCUCCUUCGUGUCCCCUUCCCUUUGGACUCCUUGCAUCUUCAAGGUCGUGCCUUUGGUGCACAAGAUCUCCAAAAAGGAUUUCUGGGUCCACGAUGGACUCUUUCAAUCCGGAGCUGCAAACGCCGUUAAUUCUAGACGAGUCGUUGGACUUAUCGGACCCUGAAGAGUCCCACUUCAUUGGCACAUUUUCAGACGGCCUUUUGGCCAAGUCUGACCCCAUCUUAUCCAUGCCUACUUUCCAGAAGCCCCCACAGGCGGCUUUGAUCGAUUAUGAGUCCGCUCGAUCUUUACACGAUGGUGUCUCAUAUUCGGCCUACGGUCAGGCACCAUACGUGACGUCCACCCCACUUGUCCCAUCGCCUAUGGCCGAUCACGCCAGCCAGAUGUCGGAUUGCGUUCCUUAUAUGGACAACCAGGAAUAUGCCAGUUCGUACGAAGAAGGCCGCUCACCGAUGAUGACGGGGGAGUCUCGCCCGGUGCCGGAGGUCGUUUCCUACUCGCCCCAGCGAGGGUCCGAAGGAACAAGAGUCUUUGUUCAAAUUCAGUCCCCGUUCGAUCUCCAUGAAUCGUCUUAUGCAUCGCUCUAUCUCGUCUUCGGCGCAAAGAAAUGUGAAUGUAUCCCGCACUUUCUUGGAUUCCAAGGCUCUUCAUUCCAGUACGGGUUUUCCGUCGAGACGCCCCCAUUCAGCUCUACCUGCUCUCCCUCGUUUGCAGUUCCUUUGCAAGUCUCCAUGGACUCGAACGAUUGCCCGGCUACGACCCUUCAAGUUGGGGUUUACACGUAUGAGCAUGGUGCCAUCCCGCCACCGUCAGACGACGCUCGGAAGAGGGGGCCAUCGUUGUACCCGGAGGAUCCCCUUCAUAGAGCACCAAAACGAGUCAUUGGCCAAUCGCUGCCCCCGAAAGACCAAUCGCCGGCUUCGACAGCGUCGUACUCACCCUAUUUGCAGUCUCUGCCUGCGAUGAAUGGAUUUGCCGCCCCUUACGCAGCGGCCUCUUCGCCUAGAGCGCCCUCGACCCAGUACUCUACCAUGUCAGCCGCGUCGCAACCCUCCAUCCGAGCGCCUUCACCUUUGACAUCGACCUGGAGUCCCUCUAUCGUUUCCGUGAGCGGCGAUCAUCGGAACCAUUAUGUGUCCAGCCACGGUUACCGUCAACAGAAUGCUCAUUCGUCAGGCCACUACGGCGCAAACCCUCAGUUGAUUCGCACCUCGACCUUGCAGCAAUCGAGUGGCAUGGGUCAGACUCCGGCCUUCAACCCAUAUGCCAUGUAUCCCACAAAAGCUGUUUUGAAGCUGAACGGAGACUUGGACAGCAUGAUGGAGAACUGGUGCAAGGAGGAACGAGAUGCAAAGCGCCGACUAGUCCAGUUCACCCGUGCCCAGAGAGGCAGUACGAUUUCCGCCGACUUCGCGCCAGUCUCUCUCGAAGACCGAGCUCCUAACAGUAUCUGCAUUAGCUGCAUCUUUUGGGAUGGAAAGGAAGAUUGCUUCGUCACCAGUGUCGAUACGAUCUACCUGCUUGAGUCUCUCGUCGGGGUUCGAUUCACCGUUGAGGAGAAGAAUCGCAUUCGAAGAAAUCUUGAAGGUUUUCGACCUCUGACUGUCUCUAAGGCCAGGCCAGACAGCGAAGAGUUCUUCAAGGUCAUCAUGGGGUUUCCGGCGCCCAAGCCCAGAAACAUCGAGAAAGAUGUGAAGGUCUUUCCAUGGAAGAUUCUGACUCCUGCCCUUAAGAAAAUCAUUGGCAAAUAUUCGGCGAGUUAUUCUUCGACCGCCGGAGCAUUAACAACCCCGAUCAGCUCAACCUAUGCGAGCACCCGGGCUGCCUCAGACUCCGGCACGGAACCUCACACUGCCCCAUCUCCUCAAUCUGUUUCCGAUACCGCUGCUCCCAGCGCAUAUGGACCUCCACUGGCUGCUCCUGCAUAUUCCGCCCCUCCCGACCAUGGAGACCCUUCAAUGACCGGCCCUUCUGAGAUCCGACAUGGUCUGCCUGCUAUAAGCCAGUCGUACCACUCCAUUACUGCCCCCAGUUAUUACUCUGCAGCUUGUCAACAGCCGAGCCAGGUCGGCGUCUCUACACCGAGCACCCGGGCCUGGGAGAUGAAUUCCAUGCUCAGCCCUCCACUCGCCAGUGGAGCUCCGAGCAGCACGCCCGUCUACAGUUAUAUGCCUUAUUCUGUCUCAGGUCCCCCCGGGCAUUGAGUUGCUGCCUGCUGCAGUACCUCUAGAGGCUGUGAUUUGCAUUGAAUGGCGUUUCUUUCUCGAGUCGGACUUGAUAUACCAUUUUAUUUCCCUGCAAUGUUUUCCUCUUAUCAUUUAUUCUUUGAUUUCCUUCCUCUUCUUGUCGUUCCUUUAGUUGAAACCCGGCGCAUGGCUGAUUUAUCUCCCCAUGAGGGCGCAUGACCCCUGGAUUGGGAUUUACGGAUAUGCCUCUUGUUUGGAUCCUCACUUCACUUACGAUCACUGUCCAUGAUCUGAUGUCCCUCCUUAAGAGUAUCUUAAUGUCUUGAUGCCCCCCCC